AUGAAAACCUUCGUUCCUUUCUGUGUUGUCCUUUUGGUGUUUGGGAGUGUCUCUGAAGCCAAGUUUGAUGAUUUUGAGGAUGAGGAAGACAUAGUGGAGUAUGAUGAUAAUGACUUUGCUGAAUUUGAAGAUGUCACAGAAGAUUCUAUUACUGAAUCUCCUCAACGGGUAAUAACUACUGAAGACGAUGAAGAUGAGACCACUGUGGAGUUGGAAGGGCAGGAUGAAAACCAAGAGGGAGAUUUUGAAGAUGCAGAUACCCAGGAGGGAGAUACGGAGAGUGAGCCAUAUGAUGAUGAAGAAUUUGAAGGUUAUGAAGACAAACCAGACACUUCUUCUAGCAAAAAUAAAGACCCAAUAACAAUUGUUGAUGUCCCUGCACACCUCCAGAACAGCUGGGAGAGUUAUUAUCUAGAAAUUUUGAUGGUAACUGGUCUGCUCGCCUACAUCAUGAAUUAUAUCAUCGGGAAGAAUAAAAACAGCCGCCUUGCCCAAGCCUGGUUUAACACUCAUAGAGAGCUUUUGGAGAGCAACUUUACCUUAGUAGGGGAUGAUGGAACUAACAAAGAAGCCACAAGCACAGGAAAGCUGAACCAGGAGAAUGAACAUAUCUACAACCUCUGGUGUUCUGGUCGAGUGUGCUGUGAAGGGAUGCUUAUCCAGCUGAGGUUCCUCAAGAGACAAGACUUACUGAAUGUCCUGGCCCGGAUGAUGAGACCAGUGAGUGAUCAAGUGCAAAUAAAAGUAACCAUGAAUGAUGAAGACAUGGAUACCUAUGUAUUUGCUGUUGGCACUCGGAAAGCCUUGGUGCGACUCCAGAAAGAGAUGCAGGAUCUGAGUGAGUUCUGCAGUGACAAACCUAAGUCUGGAGCAAAGUAUGGACUGCCAGACUCCUUGGCCAUCCUGUCAGAGAUGGGAGAAGUCACAGAGGGAAUGAUGGAUACAAAGAUGGUUCACUUUCUUACUCACUAUGCUGACAGGAUUGAAUCCGUUCAUUUUUCAGACCAGUUCUCUGGUCCAAAAAUUAUGCAAGAGGAAGGUCAGCCUUUAAAGCUACCUGAAACUAAGAGGACACUAUUGUUUACAUUUAAUGUGCCUGGCUCAGGUAACACUUACCCAAAGGAUAUGGAGGCUUUGCUACCCCUGAUGAACAUGGUGAUUUAUUCUAUCGAUAAAGCCAAAAAGUUCCGACUCAACAGAGAAGGCAAACAAAAAGCAGAUAAAAACAGAGCUCGAGUAGAAGAAAACUUCCUGAAGCUAACACACGUGCAAAGACAGGAAGCCGCACAGUCUCGGCGCGAGGAAAAGAAAAGAGCAGAGAAGGAGCGAAUCAUGAAUGAGGAAGAUCCUGAGAAACAGCGCAGGCUGGAGGAAGCUGCCUUGAGGCGUGAGCAAAAGAAAUUAGAGAAGAAGCAAAUGAAAAUGAAACAAAUCAAAGUGAAAGCCAUGUAAAGUCAUCCUAGAGACCUGAGUGCUGAUACCACCUGUAAGCUCUGAAUUCACAGAAAACAUAAUGCCAGUCCUUUUCUCAUCGUAAAGUCCAAACACUCCCAAGUGACUAAGAAAUCCGGAUUUCCUCACCUGUUCUGUUUCUGAAGUUUUACAGAGGUUAUAGAUGCAAGGGAAGGACUCUGUUUCUGUAAUUCUCUUCCAGAUAACCAAAUUACUUUGAUUAUUUUAUAAAAGGAAAAUAGAUCUAUGUAGUUUUAAAAUAUUUUUAAAAUUAUAACAAAUCAGUGCUUUUAGUGCUUUGAUAUUUGAAGAAAUAUCAUGAAGUUUAUAGAUAUAUAAUUAGAUUGUUGCUUUUUGUUUA